UUUCCAAUUUCCGUUUUUACCAACCUUUAAACCAUUGGGAUUCCAAAUCCCACCAGGCAUCACCGCAUCAACAAUCACAAUAUAAGUCCAACACAAACACAAUAGGCUGCGCCCUUGCGGGAAUGUUCUCUUAUAUAUACUCUUCCUUCUCCCUCUCUUACACCUCUCAACCACCUAUUUUCUCUCUCUAGUUCCCCCCCUCUCUCUCUCUGCAAUUCACUCAACUGCAACUCUUUCGAUCUUUCUAAUUUUCUAGAAAUCCACUGUUAUCAAUCAAUGGAGAAGAACAUUCUUGUUACUGGUGGUGCCGGUUACAUUGGAAGUCACACCGUUCUUCAGCUUUUGCUCGGCGGUUACAAAGUCGUCGUCAUUGAUAAUCUUGAUAACUCGUCGGAAAUCGCUAUUCACCGUGUUAAGGAACUCGCCGCCGACUUCUCCUCUAAUCUCUCCUUCCACCAGGUGGACCUACGGGACAAAUCAGCUCUUGAAAAGCUUUUUUCUUCAACAAAAUUUGACGCUGUCAUUCACUUUGCUGGACUGAAAGCAGUUGGUGAAAGUGUGCAAAAACCAUUGCUUUAUUACAAUAACAACAUCAUUGGUACAGUUAAUUUACUGGAAGUCAUGUCUGCCAAUGGAUGCAAGACGCUAGUCUUUUCAUCUUCAGCAACUGUGUACGGUUGGCCUAAAGAAGUCCCGUGCACGGAGGAGUUUCCCUUGUCUGCAGCAAAUCCAUAUGGACGAACUAAGCUAUUUAUUGAAGAAAUAUGCCGUGAUGUUCAGCGUUCUGAUGCUGAAUGGAAGAUAAUUCUUCUCAGAUACUUCAAUCCAGUGGGUGCUCACCCCAGUGGGCGUAUUGGUGAGGAUCCACGUGGAGUUCCAAACAACCUAAUGCCUUACGCGCAGCAAGUUGUUGUUGGAAGAAGACCUCAUUUAACGGUGUAUGGAACUGAUUAUAAUACUAAAGAUGGUACUGGGGUCCGGGACUACAUUCACGUAGUUGAUUUGGCUGAUGGACACAUAGCGGCACUAAGGAAGCUAUUUGAUGCUAAUAUAGCCUGUGAAGUCUACAACUUGGGAUCUGGUAAGGGUACAUCAGUCUUGGAGAUGGUAGCAGCAUUUGAGAAAGCAUCCGGAAAGACAAUUCCUCUUGAAAUGGCUGGGCGACGGGCUGGUGAUGCAGAGAUUGUGUAUGCCUCAACAGAAAAGGCAGAGCGAGAACUAAAUUGGAAGGCCAAAUUCGGGAUCAAUGAGAUGUGCCGUGAUCAAUGGAACUGGGCUAGCAAGAACCCUUAUGGCUACGGUUCAUCAGAUAGCGAGAACUGAUUGAUACACACCAGCACAAAAAGAACAAAUACACACACAUAUGUACAAUCUAAUCCCAAUGGUACAGCCACUACCACACCACCAUACCAUUUCAUCCACAAGCCUAACUCUAUAGGAAUAUAGCAUAAAAAUAAUGCCCAAGUUUUUAUAAAAGCCUAUUUGUUAAGCAUAUAGUAUUAUGUUAGUGUUAAUGGGCUAUUAAGUAUAAUUUCAUGUAACUAUCUAAUUUAUUAUAGGUAAUAUUUUAAAAGGGAAAGAAAAAAGUAUAUUCUAUUUUAGAAGAUCAA